UGUUCCCUCUCCCUGAAAGCGCAUCCGUCGGGUCGUGCGCUCUAGCCCAGCACCCCCGCGCGCGGCAGCAGUCCCGUCCAAGGCGAUGCGUGCAGGGGGCCGGGAGGCUGGGCUCGGGCGGCGGGAGUAGGGCCUGCGGGCAGGCAGGGAGGGGCAGGGGUCAGAGCCCCGGCUGCGCGGUGGCCAGAGGCCACCUUUGCUCCACGCAACACACCUGCUGCUGCCGCCGCGCCGCAAUGAGCCGCGUGGUCUGGCUGCUGCUGGGCGCCGCGCUGCUCUGCGGCCACGGAGCCUUCUGCCGCCGGGUGGUCAGCGGCCAAAAGGUGUGUUUUGCUGACUUCAAGCACCCCUGCUACAAAAUGGCCUACUUCCAGGAACUGUCCAGCCGAGUGAGCUUUCAGGAGGCACGCCUGGCUUGUGAGAGUGAGGGCGGAGCCCUUCUCAGCCUUGAGAAUGAAGCAGAGCAGAAGUUGAUAGAAAGCAUGUUGCAAAACCUGACGAAACCAGGAACAGGGAUUUCUGAUGGUGAUUUCUGGAUAGGGCUUUGGAGAAAUGGAGAGGGGCCUGCAUCUGGGGCCUGCCCGGAUCUCUACCAGUGGUCUGAUGGAAGCAGUUCCCAGUACCGAAACUGGUAUACUGAUGAACCUUCCUGUGGAAGUGAGAAGUGCGUUGUGAUGUAUCAUCAACCGACGGCCAAUCCUGGCCUUGGGGGCCCCUACCUUUACCAGUGGAAUGACGACAGGUGCAACAUGAAGCACAAUUACAUCUGCAAGUACGAACCAGAGAUUAAUCCAACAGCUCCUGGAGAAAAGACUUAUUUUACAAACCAACCAGGAGACACCCAUCAAAACGUGGUUGUUACUGAAGCAGGCAUAAUUCCCAAUCUAAUUUAUGUUGUUAUACCAACGAUCCCACUGCUCUUAUUGAUACUGGUUGCUUUCGGGACCUGCUGUUUCCAGAUGCUGCAUAAAAGUAAAGGAAGAACAAAAACUAGCCCAAACCAGUCCACACUGUGGAUUUCAAAAAGCGCGAGAAAAGAAAGUGGCAUGGAAGUAUAAUAAUUCAUUGACUUGGCUCCAGAAAAGAAAACAAUUUUAUAGUUCUGGAUCUGUAUAAGGAAUGACAUCAGAACAUUAGCUUGGAAUGGCUUGAAAUCUCAAAGGAUCUGCAAGAUGAACUGUAAGCUCCCCCUUGAGGCAAAUAGUUAAAUAAUUUUUCUAUGUUUAUUUCAUUUACAAAAUAUGCUGUGCUAAUAUUGGAGUGAGACAUGCUUAUUUUGCUGACUGAUGCACCCAAACUUCAAGUAAGUGGAAUGGACCAUGCAGAUAAAACUGCCGUCAACACAUCAGAAGAAUGUGGGUUGGAAGGAGUUAUUUUUGUUUUGUUUUUUUACUUUCCAUAGGUUGUAAUCUAGUUAAUGUAAUGUAAAUUGUAUUGAAAUUUAUGGUGUGCAAAAAUAUUUUACCUUUACGUAAGUGUUUGAUAAAAAUGGACUGUUCUAAUAUUUAUUUUUAUGGUGUUUCAUUUUUCAGUACAUGCUAUUUUGAUUAAAGAAAUUCAUCACCGCUGUCAUCUGAAUUCACACACAUAUAAAUCUAUUACCAUAGAAAAAGUUUUCUUUCUAGAAAUGGUUCAUCUUCUUCCAGUUUCUCUGCAUUGGGUCACACAAUAUGUAGGAAAUGUCUUCAGAACUAAGAAGCUAUUACCUGUGGUAUUAAUCUACUCAAAUAUUUUACUUAGAGGCAAGACUUGUCUAAUUUCAAUUGUGCAAGACAUGUGCCUUACAAUUAUUUUUAGUUUAAAAUUCAACAGAUUUUGUAUUAACUUUGUUAAUAACUGUAUAAACAAUAAUAUACUCAAUCUAGAACACAAAUAUGGCAUAUAGAAUAUAAAUCAUAUGUCUUCACAUGUUGCCUAUAUAACCAGAAGUAGCUCUCUGAGGAUUCUGGAAUCAAUUUGGUCCCUCCCUUGCACAGAAAACAAAGAGGGUUGUUUGGGGUCUGGGAUUGCAAGUGGAGGCAGGUAGCUGCACAGUUUGCCGAAGAAGGUUUUUUCUAGCUCUGGUUAGCCUCUAUUAGCAGCAUAUAAAGGGGUUUUACAGUUGGGGCCAGGUGAGGGGUCACAUUGGUAUGGAGAGAAACACAGCACAGGAAAGAAACUAUGAAUUAGAGUGAAAAUGGGCUGGAGGGCAUCAGUGAGCAUGUUUGUUAUUGAGGGUUUGUCUAGGAGAGUAAACUGGGCCUCCUCUGUCUUAUCUCCUAGUUUCUUUCAAUGCUUGUGACUCCUUCUCAAGAGAGAGUUGUAACUAUCUGGUCUUCAAGUA